UCACCAAUUUCUUUCAUUUUCAUUUUUUUUUUGGUUUUUGUUUCGUCCAGAAUUGCUGCCGUUGGUCGACCUGCGGACGGGCAUGAACCGGCCGGUAGUGCACCGACGGUAUCGACCGCAACAAAUGGUGGCACCGGCAUUAUUGCGAACGUCACCUGCAACGAGCACGGUUGUCUGUCCGGACAGGCCGCAGCCAAAGCGUCCACCCUCCGUCGCCACUACUAUCCGGAAGGUUCGUGGGGUUGGCUGGUGCUGAUGGUCGGUACACUGCAGGCCAUCCUUAACCAUGGUGUACAGCUGUCCGGACCACUGUAUCUACUACCGGCAGGCGAACGUUUCCAUCAGCCAGCAGUCAACAGUUGCGGUAAGUAAUC